AUGGCCGCCGCCGCCGCCGCAGCCGCCGCGCGGAGGCUCCUCUCCCGCCGCGCCUCCUCGUCCUCCCUCUCCGCGCUCCUCCGACGCGGCGCUGCUGCAGAGCAGUCGCUGCUGCUGCGCCCGGCCGUCGUCGCGGCGGCCUCUCGCUUCGGCUUCACGCGCGGGAUGGCGCGGCGGCCGGGCGGGGACGGCUACGGCCCUACGCGGCCCGGCGCGGGCGGGGACCGCGCGCCCUCGGAGAUGGCGCCGCUGUUCCCUGGGUGCGACUACGAGCACUGGCUCAUCGUGAUGGACAAGCCCGGCGGGGAGGGCGCCACCAAGCAGCAGAUGAUCGACUGCUACAUCCAGACCCUCGCCAAGGUCCUCGGAAGCGAGGAGGAGGCGAAGAAAAAGAUCUACAACGUCUCGUGCGAGCGCUACUUCGGGUUUGGGUGCGAGAUCGAUGAAGAGACAUCUAAUAAGCUCGAGGGGCUCCCUGGUGUUCUCUUUGUGCUCCCGGAUUCGUAUGUUGAUCCUGAGUACAAGGACUAUGGAGCUGAACUCUUUGUCAACGGUGAGAUUGUUCACAGGCCUCCUGAGAGGCAGAGAAGGGUCGAGCCGGUGCCACAGAGGUCAGCAGAUAGGCCCAGGUACAAUGACAGGACGCGCUACGCACGCAGGAGGGAGAACCAGCGAUGA